AUGGGGCUUUCGUCGAGACCACGCAAUCCUAUAAGGCUUCACCCAACUCAUCACACGAGCAUAGGAAUGUACUCAAGGCCUUUGUAUGAAAGAGACGUUUCAGAUCAAAUGCUGAAACAAGUGAAGUUUCUAAUCCUUUUAGCGACACUCAAUCACGAACGAUUUCUUAUCAGGUCUAGCGUGCAGCUUCGAAAAAUCCCGGACUCUACCUCGAACUCCAUAGAAUCAUGA